CAGCCAGACUAGAUUGUGAAGCAUGUGUGCUGAAUUUGAUCAUAAAAAUGUAACAGCGCCAGCAUCUAAGCAAAGUUAAGUUAUAGUUAGACAAUCUGUAAAAAUAGCGUCAACCUAGUCGCCCACCCUGUAAAGCCAUGAUCUGUUAUUCAUCUCAUGACUUUUAGGUCUAAAUCAGUAGUAUAAUCCGAAAACAAAAGAGAAGAAAAAAAAUCCAAUUUGCAAAUGGCAGUCAGGGCAUCAACUGUUUACAACAUUACAUAUUUGGGAUGGGGGCUGGCAUGUGAGGAAACCUAAUAAUGUGACGAGAGCUUGUUUCUGGACUGAGACACUCACAGACAGAGAGGGAGAGGCGUCUUGAGGUCUUCACACUGCUGGGAAAGAGGACGGAAGUACUGGAUUUGUGUGAUCAUACAGAGUAGAUUCCAUCUAGUGAAGACUGGGAAACAGGAUUAAAAAUAUAAAGUGCUCAUCUUCUGGAUGUUAUACCGUUGUGUGAUUACCACAAAGGAUUUCAAGAUGGAAUCGUUUCUGGAUGCGCCAUCCUCGGAUUUUUAAAAUGGUCGAUGGAAUAUAACCCCAAUAAUUUUCUGGAAUUACACUGGGGAAUGUUUUAGGCACUGUCCAGUUGCCUUUUGGUACUUUUUUUUUUUUUUUGUAAUCACACAGUCUGCAAUUGAUUUUUGUUUUCCCAGAGUUCAUCAACUUUUGAAAUGCUGCCCUUGUUCUUGUUUUCAUUCCUCGUUUUUUCUGCUGCUGUUUUGGUCGCUGAGCAAAGUGCCGGUGACCUGCAGGGCAUCAGCCUCCCCAGUGGGGGAACAGGUUUCAAUCCAGGGGACCCCUGCAUGGUGGUGUCUCCACCAUGCGUAAGUGAGGCCGAUCGCUACAGCCUGGAGGCCCUGCGGAGCAUCCAUCAGAUGAUGGACGAUGACAAGGAUGGAGGGAUUGAGGUGGAGGAGAGUGUGGAGUUCAUCAUUGAAGACAUGAAGCAGCAGCAGACAAACAAACAUAGCCACCUGCACCGAGAAGACCAGCACAUUACAGUGGAGGAGCUUUGGAAAGGAUGGAAGUCAUCUGAAGUUCAUAAUUGGACCCAAGACGACGUCAUCCGCUGGCUCAGGGAGUUUGUCGAAUUGCCGCAAUAUGAGAAGAACUUUAAGGACUUCAAAGUCAAUGGAAACACACUCCCAAGGAUUGCAGCCAAUGAACCUUCAUUCCUGAGUGGCCAUCUCAGAGUCCAGGAUCAGAGGGACAAACAGAAGCUCAACAUUAAAGCUCUUGAUGUCGUGCUGUUUGGGCCACCUACACGUCCACCUCACAAUUACAUGAAAGAUCUACUGCUCAUUGUGUCAGUAGUGAUGGGAGUUGGAGGCUGCUGGUUUGCUCAGGUGCAGAACAAAAGCAGCAAGAUCCACAUCACCAAGAUGAUGAAGGAUUUAGAAAGUUUGCAGCGGGCUGAACAAAGCCUCCUAGACAUGCAGGAACAACUCGAGCGAGCCCAGGAAGAGAAACGUAAUGUGGCUGAGGAGAAACAAAACUUGGAGGAGAAGAUGCGGGAUGAGAUCAUGGGGGCACAAGAGGAAGCCCAUCGCCUGCAAGCGCUGAGGCAGGGGGCCGUCACUGAGCUAAGCCGCCUCCGAUAUGCAGAAGAAGAACUCGUGCAGGUCCGUGGAGCGCUAAGACAGGCAGAAAAGGACAUGCAUGCCACUUGGACUGCCUCAGAAGUUCUCCAGCAGUGGCUCCAGUUGACCCAUGAAGUUGAGGUUCAGUACUACAAUGUCAAGAAACACAGUGCUGAAUUACAGCUUGCCACAGCCAAAGAAGAGGCAGAAAAAAUUAAGAAGAAGCGAAGCUCUGUGUUUGGGACUCUCCAUGUUGCCCACAGUUCAUCUUUGGACCAGGUUGAUCAAAAAAUUCUAGAGGCAAAGAAUGCCUUGUCGGAGGUAACAGCAUGCCUGCGGGAGCGUCUCCAUCGCUGGCAACAGAUUGAGCGCAUCUGUGGCUUCCCCAUCAUUAGGAAUCCCGGCCUUGCCAACCUCACUGCUCUGCUCUACUCAGACUCACUUGCUGCCAGUUUUCCCCGAGGACCUCAGCCAUCUUGGUUAUGCCACAGCUCAGUUCAUGGCUCAAUCGAAGACCUGAUGGAAGAGUCUAUCCUAGUUCCCGGGGCGCCACUUAAGAAUUCUCCUCGGACCCGAACGUCUACUGUACUGCGGUCACGCCGCCACGGUGUCACCCAAGCACCGACCACUCUCAUCUCGUCAGAUCCUGACCUUCUCAUCCCGAUUCGAGCUCCUUAUGCUUGUUUCGAUGAGGAUGACGGAGUCUUUCGUAAAACCAUUAAGAAACAAGACUCCCAAGAAAGAUUCUCAGAUUCUGACCAUUCCACUUCUUCUCAUAGCAAAAUGUACCCUUGUCCCACUGCUGAUCCCUCCCAUAGAAAGCUCUACCAUGACGAAACAGAACCUCUUCCAGAAAGGUGUGUGACAAAGCCUGUGAGUAAAGAAUUGGAACCUGAGGUUCAACCUCCGGUUCGGAGAUUUUCCAUGGAAGAUCAUGAAAUUCCUGUAGAUAUUUCCUGCAGGAAGAUGGCUACUGAUAAAGCUCUGGACAGUUCUUUGGAAAAUCCUCCGAUGGUAAUGUCAAAAGAUGGGUCUUUAAUUGAAGUGCCAUUCAGGAAGCGAUCCAGAGAUAGGAGUGAAGUAGCGUCGGAUUUUGUCAAUCGAAAGGUAUCGUCUAAUGAAUUUGAUUCCGAAUUUUCAUCCAGCAAACUAGAGAGAGAAUCGAUAGAGGACGUUACCGACAAUCCGUCAAGGGGUAUACCUCAAGAUCGAGGUGAUUUACUGCUUGAAGUCAAGAAAAUAGUUUGGGAUGAAGUAGAGGCAUCGAAAUUUGGACAAAAGAAGUUAUCGAGAUCUAUAAUGGGGGCUUCGGUCGACAGUGCCUCGAGAAAGCUACUUGAAGGUUCCGAGUAUCCAUUUGGCUUAGCCGGCAGAAGGAUUACGAGAGACUCAAUGGGAAUGUCCUUGGAUGGAAGUUCGAGGCAGCUUGAUUGCUCUGUGAGGGGGAUGGCCAAAGACAAAGUGCUUGAAGUGCCUAUAAUACCCUCAAGAAAAAUCUCGAAAGAGGGAUAUUUUGCUGACACGGCAUCCGUAAAGGCUCUACCCAGAGAGGAAACAGAACAUAUGCAGUCUACAUCUUCUAUAGAGAAGCAAGAUUUCGGUUCAGAACCAUCAAUAAGUAGGAGGCAAGGUAAAGAGGAGUGUGAAGCAUCUCUAAGGCGGAAAACACCUCGAAUACCAAGAGAUGAGCAGUGUGCAGAAGAAAAUACCAUUCGGGAUAGAGUCGAGUCACUUACAGAAACACAUCGCCCUCGAAUGGUGAGGGAAGAAUCUGAAGAUUCAGAAUCAAACUCAGUACCAGGUGAAAGUGAGCGGCCAGAUCUUACAAUGACCUCCAAGGUGCCAUGGAAGUCAUCUGCGAAUGUUCUUACAGCUGUUCCAUUGAGCCAGCUUGUUUACGAUGGAAUUCUGGAGAAGUCCUGCACCUCCAUGGCAGAAACGCCAACCAGUCUUUCUGCUUCGACUCCCAACCUUCCCCAGAGCUUCCCCAGGCUUCAGGCAGAGUCCGAACCACUGGUGGCUCCAGUAAGAGGCACCUCCCAAUCCACUCCAUCCUCGACUGAAGCUAAAGAUGACAGAAACAGAGAUAAAGAAAAAAGCAGGAAGUCCCUGAAGCUGAAAAAUCUUUUCAAAAAGAAAAAUGAAGCAACGGCGGAGAAGAUACAAAGCGGUCUACAGAAACUCUGACCAUGGCCUGAGGACACUUUUGUUGUAUCUGGUGUACAUUGGCACUCAUUUUUAGAGUCGAAACAUCAAAGCGAUAUUAUCCCAUUGUCUCGAAUAACCUUUUUUGCCCCUCAGGAAAAUUUACGAUUUGACUGUAAUGACGUUUACCGCCUGUUAUACUUCACUUGGUCAUUUCAUAGAUGGACCAUAAAAAGUUGAGCUCAGAUGAACUCCGUGGUGGGUGCUUGGGGUGCUUUGAGUUGCUUUGGGGGAACGAAAGCGCACACUGGAUUACCAGUGGCGGCUGUGUCGCAAGUCCCAAGAAUAUUUUUUUAUUUCAUGUGUGGCUUAGUGUUUGAGAACUUUAAACAUAAGAUUGGGGCAGCUUUUUUUUUAGUGCUAUCUCAUAAAUAAUGUCCACCUUGAUAACCUACAAUGAAUAAGCUCCAGCCACUGCAUGAGGAAAUUCUAAUUUUGAAAGAAAUAGGUCAAUUAGAUUUUCCUUGUCUUACUUUUAUGGGUAAUACUUGCUCUUUUACUUUCUGAGGCCAAUGUUUGAUUAUAAAUAUUUAUUAAAUUUAUAGUUUGAUUAUAAAUUCCUAUGAGGCCAUCUAAAUGUUUACUAGUUUGGAAAGCACAUAAGAUUGGAUAUGAAAAAGGAGUCAAAGCCAUUUUGUUUGGGGUUUCAAUUUUUUUUAAGUUUUAAUGAUUGUUUUGCCGUUGAUAAAAAUAGGCCACAUUAUGAAACUUUGAUUCGAUUUCAUCUGAGAUUGUCUUGAUAUUUUAAUAAUACCAGUCGUGAGGCGAUCACACAUUUUUACAUUGGUAUGGUUAGGAACAAACCAUAGGCAGGGAAAAUAUUGGGGUUUUCCGUGUUUUGUUAACUUCAUAGUGAUAUAUUAUUAAAUGUGAGCUGGAGUAAGAGCCCCCCCCAAAAAAGUAAAAACACUGAACCGAUUGUUUACCUUGCUGAUAAUUGUAUUCAUUUAUUUGUUGUUUACUUCGUGAGGAUUGGAUUUUUUUGGGCAAUAUUUUCCUCACACAAAUGAAACAGUACUACCAGUAGGGAAAUUCAGGCCAGACUAGUUUUAUCUAUGAACUUUAUCUAAGAUAGGGCAAGAAUCCCAUUAUUUCUCUUUCAUUUGAAAUUUUUUUUGUAUUCAUUUAUUCCUUUUCUUUUUUUUUUGGGAGGUGGGGGGCAUUUUGACACGAGUUAUAUCCUUUGUAGAACCCGUACCUGGCUGUGGAUCAGUGAUCAAGUUGCAGGGAAUUCAUAUUUGAUUUUUAAGUCAAACAUGUGAUGACACAGAAGUCUUAUAAUGCACAGCAAAUAAAGGUGCCCUUAUAUUAUUGACAGAUUAAAACACAAAUAUAUGAAUAAUUUUAUUCAUUUUCACUCAUACUUUUAAUUCAUUAUGUUUGUUGCUUUAUAAUUUGUCUUGUACACGAUGGCCAAUAUUGUUUUGUAUUUUCACAGAAAAAUCUGAAUAUUUGAGUCAAAUUUUUGGGGGAUACCCAUUAAAUAUUAUUUACUACUUUAUGUUUUGCAACAUUAAAUAACUGUACGUAUAUGUUUGAGUGAAACUUGAAACAUUAUUUAAUUGAAGGAUCAAUGUGAUCUUCGCUGUUUCCAAAAAUACGUUUAUGAGACGUCUCACUAUGAUGCUUGAUUGUUUGGAAACAAAAUUUAAGUUUUUACUUUGAUUAUAUGACAAUUUUCUUUGUUUUAUUAUUUGAGGCCUACAAUUCUGACUGAACUGUAGAAGCCAAUAUCAUUGAUUGCUGCUUCCCCACACUGUUAAAAAUAAACGUAGCAAUUGUGUUUGAAAACAUCA